CUUUUAAUGGUACCUUGAAAACCAAUUUAAUUUGUAGUCUACAGUAAUCUACUAUCAAAUUAACACUCACAAUAUCAGAUUUUACUAUUAUGGUUACUGUGUGAAGAUAAGUAAGUAAGUUUUUAUUUAUCUAAUACUUUUUACAGACAUUUUUGUCACAAAGAUGCUUUACAGAGCAUUAUUUCAUUCACUCCAUACUCAGUGGUGGUAAGCUACUAUUGUAGCCACAGCUGCCCUGGGGCAGACUGACAGACUGUGUUUUCUGUUUAGGAGAAGCCUAAAUAUGUAGGGUUUGUGUGACUGCUCCGGGUCAAGAGGGACAUCUGGUCAUCCUAGACAUGGAUGUUAUACUUUUGUUAAACAUGCUUUUAUUUUGUAGUAUUGAACACACUUCCGUCCUCUCAUGACUCACUGUGCCUUGGUGGAGCUUUGCCCGAAACAAACAUGGCUCUGCAACAUUUUAUAACAACAACCCCAACCAACAUUUGGCUAAAAAACGGGGGAAAUAUGUGACAUUUAAUUCCAAACGAGCCAGCUCUUUACCCAUACUUGAUGUAAUCCUAAAUCGGGCGAGUUUGAGUAGCCUUUUGUGGCCGUGUUUACACAGAGGUAAGCUUGUUGGCUAAAGCAAGCAGCGAGCAAAAUGGACCUUGGUUCAAUGUUGUAUAAUAAUUUAAAAGAUGUUACUUGGAGUACGACGUCUCUGUCUCUGGAUCAACUCGUCAGCACCUACAGAUUACCUCAGAUCGCCAAAUUAGACAGCGGUCAACUGGUGGAAGGACUCAGAGAAAACGACUACCUCUUGAUCCACUCUUGUCGUCAGUGGACAACCAUCACUGCCCACAGCCUCGAGGAGGGACAUUACGUCAUCGGGCCAAAGAUCGAGAUCCCAGUUCACUAUGAAGGUCAGUUUAAGCUUCUGGAGCAGGACCGAGACGUCAAGGAGCCAGUGCAGUACUUCAACAGCGUGGAGGAAGUGGCCAAAGCGUUUCCUGAGAGAGUUUACGUCAUGGAAGAAAUCACAUUCAAUGUCAAGAUGGCCUCUGGUGAAUGCAAUGAAGACACAGAAGUCUACAACAUAACACUAAGCACUGGUGAUGAGCUGACGCUGAUGGGCCAAGCUGAGAUCCUUUACGCCAAAUCCUCUAAGGAAAAAUCACGAUUCAAUACAAUUUUUAAAAAGAUUGGAAAGCUAAACUCCAUCAGUAAAAUGUGCAGAGGAAAAAUGCCAUGUUUAAUUUGCAUGAACCAUCGAACCAACGAAAGCAUCAGCCUACCUUUCCAAUGUAAAGGCCGAUUCAGCACUUGUAGCCCUUUGGAGCUACAGAUGCAGGAUGGGGAACACACAAUUAGAAAUAUCGUGGAAAAAACACGUCUUCCGGUUAACGUUACAGUCACGAGCAGCCCUCCGCGAAACCAUCACGAUCUCCAUCUCAUCCGCGAAGGCCAUCGGUACAAACUAGUCAACAUUCAAACCAAAACAGUUGUGGUUUGCUGUGUAUUACGAAGCAACAAAAUCAUCCCAAUUCACUUCCACUUUCAGCCCUCAAUGCCCAAGUUCAUCGUCCCCGAAGAGCUCCUCCAAGGCGAGUUAUGGCUGGACACGAUGGUGCACAGGUGGUUUUCAUUUUGUCAAGAGCAGUUUGACAUUGAUGACUACUCCAGAGCUGUCAGGGAUGUCCGUACAGAUUGGACAGAUGAUGGGAAAAGUCCAAAGAAAAGCACAGCGAAUGGCAGCGGUGGUGUUGGUGGGGGUAGUAAUUCAAAUGGGUGUCCGACUCACAUGCACGUGCCCAGUUCGCUUACAUACGCGCGAGAUGAGCUAACCCAAUCCUUUCAUCGCCUGUCUGUGUGUGUGUAUGGCAACAACUUACACGGUAACAGUGAAGUCAAUUUACAAGGUUGUACGACUUUAUGUGGAGAUUGGACUCUUCUGCCUUCUGAUAAUGUCCCAUCCGAAUCAGGGGAGAGUGAGCACUUAUUCUCUGAGCUUUUGGAGACCACAAACCAGCCCCCUGCCCUGAACAAGUCCGAUGUCCCCUAUGAAGAGCUGUGGUUGGAUCGAAUGGGAACUCAAAUGCCCAAAACGUCCGAAGGAAUAAGAGGCAUUAACAACGGAUGCAGUACGUCAGGUGCUCUCCCAUACCCAGGCCCCUGCGCCCUCAGUGCAAUAACCAGCUUGGAUGUUUCGCUCACGCCACCGCCAGUGCCACCCAAAUCUGAAGCUGUCAAAGAAGAAUGCAGACUUCUGAAUGCUCCUCCCAUCCCUCCUCGGAGUUCGAAGCAGAUGCCGUCAGUGCCCAUUUUAUCCAAACCACGACAACAAGAAACACGCUCUCCGAGUCCCACCCUCUCCUACUAUUCCUCUGGUCUACACAACAUUAGCCCUGGAAGUCCUGAGCUGGAGCCCCCCGAUCCAGUAGAGCAAAGCCAGGUGUGCUACCCUUGUAACUGGGCUAAAACCAAGUCCAACAGCCUGGAACCACCAGCCUCCAGCCUCCCAGCUCCUCUCCCCUCUUCAGGUAUGUCCUCUCGCUUAUCCUGGCCCAAUCACUUCACCAGAGAAGACUCGCAAUGCAUGGAGGAAUUUUUACCAUCCGGCUGCAGGAGCUACUACAGCUACCCACGAAAAAGAACUCUGAGCAGUCAAAAAACCUGUACAUCCAGCUUGGUUGACUUUGACGGAGGGGAUAAUUCACACGGCAGCUCAAACGUCAGGCUGCAAACUAUGUCUUUGAAUCAGUUUUGUGUUAAAUCCUCCAGCUACAACUCAGAAAUGCACAGGGAUAACAAGCCAAUAGAGGAAUCCAAUACAAAGCAAAGUCUAUCUUGUCCAAUCUUACCACCAAGGACUGCUAAAGGCAACGCUAUGAAAACAAGUACAGAGGCGGAGUUAGCUUGCGAUAAUAAGCAAGAUAACUCUGAAUUUUCUAUUGAACAACAAAACACAACAGAAGCUAGCAGUACUAACUUUCCUAGUCCUAACUGUCCAGCUUCACAAUGGCAGCCUCCGUCCAGUCUAGCAGGUCUUUCUAUUGAGGAAGUCUCCAAAUCUUUGAAAUUCAUCGGACUCCCGGAUGACAUCGUGCUACUUUUUGUGUCGGAAAAGAUUGACGGGAAUUUACUCCUGCAGCUCACGGAGGAGAUUUUAUCGGAAGACUUCAAACUGAGCAAACUGCAAGUGAAGAAACUCAUGCAGUUUAUGAAUGGGUGGAGGCCCAAGAUCUGACAUUUGUGUGUUUAAUUGUUUAAUACUAAAAUAAAACCCAGGUCAAAAAUGUUGGGACACGUAACGGAAUAUAGGUUAAUACAGAAUGCAGUUAAUACUUUAGUUUCCAAAGAGCAUGAACAGUAUGAGGUGAAAAUUCAGUCAUUCAUUUAUUUAUGUAGCACAUUUUAAAUACAAAAAAUGGCUGACCUAUGGUUUAGUGUCACGAAAAACAUUAAAUAAUCAAAUGAAAGCAAUUAAGGUUCAAAUAUAGACUCUGGUAUUUGCUAUUCUGUCAUUCUAGUAUUUCCUGUGAGUUUAUGAUCAUUUUUAAAACUAAAUGUUAGGUAUCCAAGCCCCUUCUGGUUGUAAUUAAGGACCUCUUCAGUUCAACUUCACUUCAGCUUAUUUUAGAGUCACUUUUACCGAUAUUUUAUUACCGUAUUUUCCGGACUAUAAGUCACUCCGGAGUAUAAGUCACACCAGCCAAAAAAUGCGCAAUGAAGAAGAAAAAAACAUAUAUAAGUCACAUUUUCUAAUUAUUGAAUUAUUUUAGACCAUAUUUCAAAAAGUGUCUCAACAUUUUUGAAUGGGAGACUGUUCUUGCCUUCAGUAUAUUGUACAUCUGCUAUGCACACUAAGCCACAGCGCGUUUUUGAACUUAUUUUCUUAUUAUUGCUCUGUAGUUGGAAGGACAGUGGGGUCUCAGGGGGCCUCAGCGCAUGUGAAGUGGAAACAUUUGGCACUUUUUUAUUUUAUUUUCCGAACAGUGAUAAUUUUCAGCAACACUUUUAUCAUGCAGUUAUCAAAAAUAGUUUGAAUGGUACAAAUUACAGCAGAGGAAAACAUUUUUAAUUGUGGAAAAGUUAGAUUAUUUUAGCAGUUUAUUUCUAAACAAAAUACUAUUACUUACAUUUAUGAAUAUAAAUACAAAAUAUAACACAUUUAUUUAUGCAGACUAGUUUGAAAGGUUGAAAGGUUUUAAAGUUUGAAGAAGUUUGAAUUUAACUCCUAAAAUAAACAUACUUUUUCACUAUUUAUUCUGCGAUUCAACACAGCAAUAUUUAAUGAUAUUGUUCUUAAAAGGGGAAUAAUACAAAAUGCUUUAUUAGGGUUUCAUAGCCAUACAGGAAAGGUUUUGACUACACACUACAUUUAACUUUAUUUUUAAUACAAUGUAUGGUGACUUCACAAAAUAGUCUGACUUUGUAGCUUAAAAACCCUUUUAGUAUUGAACUCAUUUUCUUAUUUGGUGCCUAAUAGUCAUGCAAGAUUUGCUUCGAUUACUUCUACCUGAAUUGAUACUUUGCAGUGACACUGGGGAGAGUUUAUAUGCAUGUGUAUGGUGGAAUAGUCAGCUGUUACCAUGGUGACACAAUGCACACUCUAGCAAAGCCAAAAACAAUUUUAAAACAUUCUGAAAAAAUAAUAACUAUAUUUUAAACUACACGCCUACAAGUACGAGUUUAACUGUACAAAAUCACCUUUUGUAGUUCCAACUAAGUCAGUUCUUCAUGGUCAGAUAGUGGUAAAAAAAAAAAAAAGCAUAAAAUUCAGAUUCAAAUCUAACUUGAUUAACAGAGCUUCAGACAGAGCAGUGCUUUUAGUUAGCAUCACACCCCCAGGGAAUGUUGAUGGCAUUGGCUGCAAAGUAUCAAUUGAAAUCCACCAACACUCUUCAAUGCAUAUGAAUUAAUUUACACCAUAAGGACUUGGAGGUUCAUGGACAGUUUCUUGAUAAAAAAAUAAAAGUUUGACUGUUAAAACAACAAAAGAUGACUGGUGAAACAUUGUAUAUUACUUAAACAGUGAUUUUAAAAGAGAAUAGUCAACUCAAAUACUAUAAUACUGAAACAAGUCUUGCUUUUUUGAUUGAUAGAUACAACAACCCCCUGAUAUUUGAACAUGUUACUUUCCAUUGUCUCAUAUCACUUUAUAUUGCCCCUAGCAACAGUUGUGAAGUACAUCCAACAUAUUUUGCCAUUAUAAUUUGAUCAUGCUUUAGAUGCCUUUAUGCUAACAUUGAAUAAGCUUACUACUUUACUAGCUUUAUCCUAAAACUAUGCUAAAAUUAGAUGUCAAAUUAUUGGAAAACACAAUUUAACUCAAAACAACCAAAAUAUAACCUUGAUAAUUAUGCACUUUUGUUCAAUUAAUAAUGAGUCAGACUUUUAUUGGCUUACAUAUUUUUAAAUCGGUACAAUUUCUUAUUUUUAUCCUCUCCUAAGUGACCUAAAAGGAAGUAAAGACAAACUCUAUGCCUUAAUUCAGAAACUUUAUUGACAAAUGUAGAGAUAAUUCAGGUUUUGGAUAAACGGUCCAUUAUUAUAUAUAUUUUCUGAUCUGUGUUAUAAUGUUGUUUCCUCAUCACAAACAGACCUGGAGUUGUGUUUCGUUUCAUUUACACAUGUUUAACCCACAAACCCUGUGUAUUUAUGUUGUGUUCAUCUUUCAACCAGGAAACACUCUGUCCCACAAUGGUAGUAUUGAUCAUUUGUUUCUGGUUGAUAGAUUAACUGCUUUAUACCCCCCAAAAUCUUUAGUUAAUGUCUUAUGCAAAUAUUAUAAUGAAAUUACAGUGCAUGGAUGGUGAAUAAUAAUUAAUAUAAACAUUUGGGUCAAUGCUUUAAUUUUUUCUUUGGCAAUAUGAGCCACGUGAUUUUUAUUUAUUUUUUUCCCUCAAAUGAUUUAAAUUCUAAACUGCAGCCCAGUUUCCAAAACCUGAAUUAUCAAUAAUCAAUUAACAAGAAUGUAGCCAACUAAUAGUCUACAUUGAUGCAACGUACAAGUAUUGGUACUUUAAUCAAAUGUAAAUUCAAUGUUUCUCAAUAAGAGUUAACACUACACGCAGUAUGCCAAAUACUAUUACCCAGUGUAUUUAUGCAGUAAUUUAAAGUAAUACACAAUAUGCAUUAACUGUAUUUUAAAGCCAAGUUGGGUAUUUUUUUGGUUUGUUUUUUUUUCCCUUUGACAAUUUUGCAUCGGGGUGUUACAUAUUGUUUGAUACUUUAUUUUUUAUGUCGACAGAAAUUUUAAUGUAAUUUUUUAAAGAAAAAUAAUGACUAAUGUAAAAUAUUUUAAUGGAAAAAAAAGCUUAUGUUCAAAUGUUUGUUAUUGCUAUUGUACACUAUGGGUAUAUUCAUUAAUGUGAGUGAAUGGUUUUAAUGGGUCAGUCACAGUACACACUACAUGCACAAAAAUAAUGUUAAAAGCCAUGUAUCAAAAACAUUACUUCAUUGUAUUUUGUUUUGUACUGCAGUUUAUGUCCUAUGCAGUUAGACAAGGCUCUACUCCAGUGGUUCUGAAACUCAUUACGCCAAAGAGGAACCAGCUAUUGUGGACUAAAGCAGGACUAAAGCAGGACUAAAGCAGGACUAAAACAGGACCUAAUUUUGGGAUCAUAGACAUAGACAUCACCCAUAGCCUUCAGCUCCAGUCAAAUGAAGCUCAUUGAGGCUAGCCAGUUAUAGGAGCGAAUAUUGGGCAAGGUCCAUAUUAGGAAUUAGCCAGGAUGGCGCCAUGUAGUGCCUCAGCUCAAUUUCAUUUCUCUCCAGGAACUAGGUCAGGAAUUGGAAUACACUUAACGGUUUGCAAAAACCCCGGAAAUUGUAGACCGUGCACAAGCCAAUCAGUGAAAAGCUGUGAAGCAGGCAAUUACUUAGACAUCACUGAGCAUUCCAGCGCUGCAGCGAUUUGUUAAAUAAAAAAAAGUACCUGCCUACCAUCGAGCGAACGAAUCCUAAUGCUUUCAUUUUGUGGAAAUUGGCUGAUCAAUCAGGCUAAUUCGGAAUAGGAAUUUAUCAGGAUCAUAUAGAGUGGGUUAAUAUGAACAUUUUAAGACCAAAAUGAUGAAGCUCACUGCAUCAGUUACAGAAACUAUGACAAUUGUCAUGACAAUGGUAACAAUUUUCCAAUGUAAAGUCAACUGGAACCAUAGCUGAUGGAGCCGGAAGCGCCCCCAUGAACACUUUCUAUUUGGAACGCUGUGUAUUUAUAUAUACAGUCUGUGCUAGGGAUGCACUGAUACUAGUGAUGAAUAUCGGCGGCGAUUCAGGAAAAAAAUGCUGGGUAUCGGAGAUCGACACUUGAAAGUUUCAUAAUAUUUGUGGACUUUUAUCCAUAUAAAGCAGUUUUUUGUUAUUUGAAGGUUGAUAACAUCAGUUGUUUAACACAAUUGGAUCUAUUUUAAAAUAAGUUAUUUGUGUUUUAAGGAAACACAAUUAACUUAACUUGGUGUAACGGUGCAUACCUAACGUUGUAACAAUAUAAUAAGACUAAACAAGGACUGAACUCUGAACUGAACCAAUUAAACCAAGACUAAAAGAGACUGAACCUGGUUUACACUGGACUCUCUUACCGUUAAAACACUAAAAUAGACACUAUAAACCACCAUUAUUAUAUCCUCUGGUACAUGCACCACAGUUUGAGAAUCACUGGACGUAGUCAUUGGAAACAACAGCCAUGACAGACACAAGUGUUAAUAAUACAGUAUAGAAACAUGAAUAACAGGUCAAAAACUGUGAAACCGCCAUGGUACUCGGAAUAAGUUCGAAAGUUCCAAAAGCAGGAAAUUGACCAACGCUGGGUUUGAAAACUUUAGUUUUUUAAGUAUUGGUCAAAAAUACAGAAAUACUUUUUGUCCUAACUCUUGUUUUCAAUUGUAUUAUCUAUUAAAAUAAUUAACUGAA